GCAAUCUUUAUGUCUUGCUCGCUCCCGGGCAAGCUAAUCUACCCAAGACUCCGAGGUGCAUUCGAGUCCCAUUCAGCACCUGAGCCAGAACUUCAAUGGAAUCCUCAACCGCCGCAGAGCAGCGCGCGACAGCUGUCGCAAAGCUGAAACGCGCAGCAUCCCUCCCGCGCAUGAAGGAUGGGCGGAGGCCGCCCAUGCACGUCGAAGCCGUCAGUGAGGGCGAGAGGUCACAGAGCGGGGAGCGAAUGGAGGACGAAGAGCAGAACGGGAUUGCGGAAACGAAUGGGUACGCAAACGACACACAUGUUGAACCCACUCCGUCACCGGAGGAGGAGGCGGCGGCCGAGGCGGAUGAGGAAGAUGCGGAUAUGGACACGCAACACCACAGCGACCCAAGGGCAGACAGCGAGGGCCGAGAAGCUGUCUCUAACGGCCACGCUAUCGUCGAGGAUGCCGUCAAAUCUCAGGCACCCACAGACGGAACACCCACACGCAAACGCCGCUCAAGAUCUCGGACGCGCUCGCGGGGCUCCCGCGACAUGAAGGGCAAAGCGAAACAGGCCGCUCAAGCAGGUUCCGCGAGUCAGACAAACGAGUCCUCCGCCGACGAGUACUACGCAUCUGCGCUUAGCGAGGAUCCGCCACCGUCGCCACCACCACCACUCGUCUCCCCCAUCCCAUAUCACAUUCCUGCUUUCGCCGCGUCGCAAUUCCUUCGCUCCCCUAUAUCACCCACGCCGCUACGCUACCCUGGUACUACGCCGUCUACACCCCUUCCGACCCUUGAUGAUAUCCAGAGAAGUGUUGGGGCGGGUCUCUUCCGGUCAAAUAGUGCGGGGGCAGCCCGCGCCAUGGCCAUGUCGAAGCUGACGGGUGAGCCCUUCGAUGUAACGUUUAUGUCGCAGGCGUCCACAUCGGGUGUUGGCGCGAAGCUCAUGCGGAAUAACACCGUGUCGGGAGGCGAACGCAUGAUCGCGCGGAAUCAGCUCCUCCAUCGACUCGGCAACCGCAUCAACCAGACAGAUGGCGAGCAAACCAGCGGUGGCGAGGAAGCUCCGCCCCCUACCGCGCCCAAGAAGAAGAACCGGAGACGGCGCAGGAGUUCCUCGCGGGCGUCGACGGUGGUAGAUGAUCGAGAAGAUCGAGAGCUACUCUCAGCAUCAGCUAGGAACACGCCGCUACCCCUUCCCCCUCAGUCGCCGCUCCUACCCCUGUUCCGCGCGACCCCCGAGCCUCCCCGCUCGUCGUCUUCCGCGAGUCGGUUCGCAAAUAGCGACGCGGAGCGAGGUUCGCCGCGCCUGGGUAUCCCUUAUGGCAUCGAGAUUCCGCUGGGACACCGCGGGCCAGUCAUUGAAGACGAAGACGACCUCCCGGAUCACGCCUCUCCUCAACGUAUACCCAACCUCCCCACUACACCUGCGCGCAACCACCGACUCGCGGGGCUGCGUAUACCCCACACGUCCGAUGCGCCGUCAAAUGCGUCAACCGACUCAGCGCCGGGAUCCGCGGUGGCGGUGCCGAUGUUCAUGUCCAGCAACCCGAACAGCAGAGAUAUGUUCCCUGCGAGUCCGUUCCAGACACCGCUGAAGGAGCAUGUAUUUCCGGAUGAAGAGGGCAUGCAUUCGAUGUACCAAGAGCCGCGAAGCCGGAGCCGGCUUGCUCAAGCGACGAACUUCGAACGAGGGAGUGAGAUCAGCUGGGUCGCUGAGCUCGUGCAAGAGCGUCCGCUUGUCAAUGAUGACGACGAUGACGACGAUGAAGACGAAGACGAGAAUGAGGAGCCUACGGGGGAAUUGCCUGGCGAGGAAUCCUAUCCAGACGGUACCGACCCGCGAUCGUCGCGGGAGUUCUCGCCGACGAGUGAGCGCCCCACAGCACCCAAUCCUCUGGUCGUCGACGUCGAGACUUCGCCGGAGUUUUAUGCGGAUAACGUACCUCCUUCGCCCGCUUCACCCCUCGUGUUGUCUAUCCCAGAACCCAUUCCGGCACCGGAGGUGCUACCGUCCCCCCAGACGUACCCCAUGCGCCUCUCGGUUGCUGCUCCCGGUCAUCUCGACCGGUCCCCAUCUGCGGCAGACUAUGCGACGGACUGGGACGAGUCCAAGGCGGAAUCAACCCCGAAACGUGGCGGAGAAGGCGGGUCGAUAGGCACCUGGAUGAAGAACGCGUUCACACGCUCUAAUUCGACCAACGGACGGCGAUCACGGACAAAUAGCGUGAGUGCGCGCGAGCGUCGGUACAACACGGACUCGAGCGUAAGUCGGGAGAGCGGUGCGAGUUUGAAUAGCGGCAAGGUCGAGAAACUGGACGCGUCCCCAGGCCCCAGCAACGGCGUCUUCGCGAUGCAGCAGGCUCAGGCGCCCGUCAUGCAGUCGACCUCGUCGUCGACCUCGAUGCUUUCCCUCGCGCCUCAAUCCGCCCCCCCUGGCGGCGUGUCGCCCGUACCCCCAGCGUCUUCCGCAGACUACCUCAAGUAUGCCGACUCGAAGCUAUUCCCAUUCCCCGCGCUCAAGCAGCUCGAGGAGCAGCGGAAUCGUGCACGCGCGAUGACGCCCUCUGCGUCAUCGCCCGACGUGCUCUCGCCGACGAACGGGUUCCCGAUGGAGAUGAUGCCGAGCUCAUCCAGCUCUUCAGGCGCGACGACAACGAAGUUCGCGGAGGGCGCGCGGGAGCGCAAGCUCUCGCACCAGGCAUCGGAUAGCCGGCUGUGGUCGAAGUUUUCGCAGCCACUUGCGUCCGCGCCGUCGUCAUCGUCGCAUCCGGACUACUUCAACAUUCAGCCUCCCGUCAUUUCUCCCACGACAAGCACGUCUGGAUCAUUGGGCAAGCUGCCGACGACCCGCGACGGUGUUAAGAAGUGGCUCAGUCGCUUCAAGUCGCAAUCCUCCACUCCGUCUACGCCGACCGUACAGCCAACACACGCAGUGGAACCUCAUCCGCAGCUGGCACAGAAGCCGUCGCUCUCUGACUUGAUGAUCGCGCGGGAGAACAGCGAGCUAUCGACGCAGAGUUGGGACAGCACGGUCAGUGACAAGUCGCGUACGCCAACGAACCUCGUCGGCAACCAGCGAAUGGCGCAGCUCCAGCCUCAGCCCCAGUCCCAACCACAGGAAGCCGCGCAGCAACAGUACGUAGCUGACGCUCAGUACGACAGGGACCGCGAGCUGCCACGCUCCCCGCGCACGGAGGCUGCAGAAAUGAGCGCCGGAACGAGUGGAGCCGCUUCGCCUCACUACGUUUUGUCGGACCACUCGUCUCCGGGCUUCCCGUCCUCGCCACCUGACCCGCCUUCGUCUACCACGCCUGACCCGCAGUCUUCGUUGGAUGACUUUCCCACGCGGUCCACGUCGGAGUCUUUCUCGUCCACGAUGUCGUCUUCGCAGCACUCCCCUGAUCCACCCGUGCACGAGCACUCCGCGGGUGCGAUAAUCAUGGAGCGCUUCGAGAGCGUGCUCGGGCGCGGCUCCAAGAGCUCUCUAUGGCCGGCGGCCAUUGACGACCCGCCACGCAAGCUCGUGCUGUCUUCUCCAGUGCUACAGGUCGCGAACGCGAACACGGUCAAGGACCGCUUCCUCUUCUUGUUCACGGACAUCCUGAUCAUCGCGAAGCUCAUCCUUCGAGAGCACGACACGCUUUUGGAUGCGACGCGGCCCGACCCGACGGACAGGAAGUUCGUCAUCAAGAGCGUCGUACAGCUCAAGGAGCUCCGGCUCAGCAACGACCGCGACGAUGCGCGCACGAAGACAGCAGCGACCGCGAACCCGUCUCGGCACCCCGUCAUCCAGACGUUUGUUCGCCAGUUCGCGACGGACCCCGACCAUGCGAUUUCGACGCUCGUUGGCAAAGCUGGUGCGCGGGACGACAUUGCGGUGGGGCAGCUGCUCUUCCGUACCCUUGACCUUGAUAGGGCGCGUCUCGGGGAGUUCUUGGCGCGGCGCUCGUCCAAGGUCGCGCUGAAGGCGUAUGUCGACAGCUUCGGUCUCACGGGGCUACGUAUCGACAAGGCGCUCCGCGUGUUCCUCCAGAGCAUACACGUUCCCGCGAAGGCACCUGCUGGACACUCGAGUCCGCUCGACUACCUCCUUGACUCGUUCGCGAGCAGGUGGUACGAGGCCAACGCCGCGAUCGUGGCGUACGACAAGGACCUCGCUAUCCGGCUCGUGCGCGCCAUCGCGCAGCUCAACGAUGUCAUGCACGGCGGGAUCGCACAGGAGCCCGGACCUACACCGUACCCCAAACGGAACGUGAUCACUCGCGAUUUCGUGGAGGCGUUCAAGCGUUUCGACACACGCGUCCUCGUCUCGGACGAGCUGCUCGACAAGAUUUACACGUCCGUUCGCCGGGAGAGGCUCGCACAGGCUCGGCAUCCGUCCAGUCUGGCGAGCCAGCCUGAUAUCGUCAUCAACGUCAAGCGUCCCCUUCCCCCUCGCCUCACCUACCGCAUGCAGUCCGAGCCCGUCAUCCUCCGAAUACCGCAGCCCGACCCCCACCUCACGAUCCAGCUUUUCGGUCAGGACCUCGUUUUCGAGCCGUCCGUGCUCAACUUCGCCAAGUCGUCCGAGGUGUCGUUCCGUGUGACCGGCACGCAGUUGGGGAACAAGACGAUCAUUAUGUGGCGCUCCGGGCCAAACGCCCUCGCGUACUACGGGCUGCCGCUGAGCAGCCCCGUCGCCGUUGAGCGCUCGUUCAUGCGCAACACGUUCCAGAUCGCGUUCGUGAACCAUACUGGACUCAAGCGCCGGUACAUGUUCAGCACCGAUGAGGCCCUCAUGCGCCACCAGUGGUUGCAAUCACUGAAGCACCAGAUCAGCAUCGCGAGCGCAGCGUCGGAGGCGGCGUCGCACCUCGGGCUGCCCACGAGUCGUGCCGCGGAGGCAUUAGCAUUCAAGGUUCUGCAGGAGACGCUGAUCAGUCCCGAAGACAGCGGCUCGUCAUAUGCCCCGUCUUAUCCUUCCCCGGUCGAUCAGGCUCUGGCACGCCUCAACGGUGCGAGCAGGAGCAGGAGUGGCAGCGUGUCCAGCUCUUUCGGCAACACCGGCCCUCAACGCCGGAGUCGUCCUGACGGCCCCUCUGCGCAUGUGCGCUCCAAGUCCCGCAGCCAGCUCUACCGGCGGCAUGGGCCGGGGAAGAUGGAGUCGGAGCUCGACGACGAGGACGAGCGCGGCGCGGAGUCGUCAACGCCGUCGCACGGGCGGAUAUGGAGCCUACACGAUCUCGAGACGGUGUGUCGGCAGAACAGCUCGAUCCCGCCGGUGCUGGCGUACCUGCAAGUCGGCUUGUUCGAUCAGGACCGUGCUACUAAUGGCACCGCGUCAUGACACAGUCUCCGUCUGCCCGCCUAUCGUCGUUGUUGAUGUCUGCUAUGGAUGCAUGUCGUUGCUUUGUGUACUAUCCCGGAUCUCAUCGCCUACUCAUGACGGACCCUCUCCCUGCUCAUCGUAAUUUCUUCCCUCCACGACUUGUUUAGUAAUAGAACGCUCGCUCCAGCUCCCACAUUUACGUCUCUUCCCAUCAUUCACAUUAUCGCCUCUCGCCCCAUACCUCAAGCUCGCCCUCCCCGUCCUGCCCUCCCCGUUCGUGCUUAAUGUUAUGCAUCGCUCCAUCUCGGGCCCCGACAUCUGUAAUUAUUGCUAAUACGCUCGUUUGUGUAGUCCCUCCGUCCUG